AUGGAGUUCCCCGCUCCCUUCGGUCGUGAGAUGUCCAAGGAGGAGGCUUACAUCGCUGAGAUGGACGCUAAGACUGGUGCUUCCCUCAAGCUGACCAUCCUCAACGGCAACGGUCGUGUCUGGACUCUUGUUGCUGGUGGUGGUGCUUCGGUCGUCUACGCUGAUGCCAUCGCCUCUGCUGGUUACGCUGGCGAGCUUGCCAACUACGGCGAGUACUCUGGUGCUCCCACCGAGACCCAGACCUUCCACUACGCCAGAACCGUCCUUGACCUCAUGCUCCGUGCUCCCAUGCACUCCGAGGGCAAGGUUCUCUUCAUCGGUGGUGGUAUUGCCAACUUCACCAACGUUGCCUCUACCUUCAAGGGUGUCAUUCGUGCCCUCCGUGAGGUUGCUCCUCUCCUCAUCGAGCACAACGUCAAGAUCUGGGUCCGCCGCGCUGGCCCCAACUACCAGGAGGGUCUCAAGAACAUCAAGGCCGUCGGCCAAGAGCUCAAGCUCGACAUGCACGUCUUCGGUCCCGAGAUGCACGUCUCCGGUAUCGUCCCCCUUGCCCUCGUCCCCGGCAAGUACACUCCCGACAUCAAGGAGUUCGGUGCAUAA